UUACAUUGGCCGCUGGAUGUGUUUGGUAUCGUUGCUGUGAGGGAUGACCUGGAUCACCAUCGCAAUAUUAUCUUUGAGCGCAAAAGGGAUAACUGCCAAACUCUCAAUGAGGAGGAUCCAUAUUUAGUAUUAACAGGUCCUACCCGUGCUCCCGUGACUCUGUUUGGGCCUAUGCAUUUCGAUAUCACGCUGAAAGUGAAGCGCAUUAAUGAGUUAGAGGACAAAGAUCUAAGCCUGCUAGGCUUUCGCUACGAGUGCUGCAAGUCAAUCAAUUAUCAAGUGAGUAAGGGAGAGUGCGCCCUCAGAUCAUGCGUGAGCAGCCAAAAACGUAGAAGCAAGAUGAGCACAUUGGAGCUGACAUGUGGCAUUGUAGCCUCAUCCAUUGAGGCCACAAUCAGUGUGCGUAUUGUUGGUGGGUCCUGGCCAGAUGGAUUCAGCGGGCGGUUCAUUGCCUCGACUGCAAGCGUCAGUCACAUGAGGGUGUUACUGCUUAAUAUUGGAGAUAAGGAUACGCCUGUUGUUGCUGCUGAUGGCACCAUUGAGCUGUCACGACGCGUGGUUUCUGUUGAAAGCUUUGGGGAGCUGAGAGUGCAUGCAGCAGGUUGGCUAGGCAGCCAGCAGAUUGACAGUGAGGUGUUCUUUAAACCAUUAGAAUCUGGUAGAAGCUCUCGUUCGCUUAAGGUUGGCUCGUGUGAAAUGGAAGUUACCGUUGGCUGGUCCCUUUUUCCGUUAUGUUAUCCCAUUGACCGUAUUCCUUCACCCAAGAAUGGGUGAGGCGGAUAGUAGCUGCUGUCUAACUAUAAUAACUUGGCCACAGUUCUUUAAUGAACUUUUGUGUGAGGCUGGUGCUAGCAGGAACUUGUCUGACCUAUGCGAUAUGUUUUAUGUAGUGCGAUAUAUUAUGUACUAUAUAUGGUUGUUGCUUCUGAAA